UUCCUCUUCAGUCAUCGAUUCACUUUUUACAUUUUACAUUUUUACAGUAAUGAGAGAGUUAAGUUUAGAUAGCCGUACGGUACACUAAGUUACCCCGACCCGAGGAAAAAAAAAAAUAAUAAUAAUAAUAAUAACAAUAAUAAUAAAUAAUUAAUAAUAAAGGAAACGACAACAACAAAAAAAAAUUUUUUUCGGAACACAAAAAAAAGAAAGAAAGAACGAACGAAAGAACGAAAGAAAGAAAGAAAAAGAGAAAGAAAAAUAAACCUUCCCUCGAUGUGUGAUCACAGGUGUUUUUGAGGGAGUCGAGUGAAAUAGAGAAUGACGGAUAGCCAGCAGCAGUUUUGCUUGCGGUGGAACAACUUUCAGGCGAACAUCACGAGCCAGUUCGAGGCGUUGCGAGACGAUGAGGACUUCGUCGACGUUACAUUCGCCUGCGAUGGCAGGCGACUUCAGGCUCACAAGGUCGUCCUAUCCGCUUGCAGCCCUUACUUCAAGGAGUUGUUCAAGACCAAUCCCUGCAAACAUCCAAUAAUUUUUAUGCGGGAUGUGGAAUUUGAACAUUUACAAUCACUGCUGGAGUUCAUGUAUGCUGGCGAAGUAAACAUUUCACAAGCUGAAUUGCCUACUUUUCUACGUACAGCUGAAUCUCUACAAAUCCGUGGUCUCACCGACUCUCAGAGUAGUCAGCACAACAACGAAAAGCACUUGAAAACGAAUAAUGUUCACGCAUCAAAUGGCCGUGGUCUGAUCUCACCGAGUUUGGACGAUGAGCGCAGUAAAACACCACCACCAUCGAGCCCUCCACCAUUAAAAAGGCUGUGUAAAAGAAGUGAUUCACCUCAAAUCUCUAGUCCAACACCUACUGUGACGCCUUGUGCUAGCAGUACACCUCUCUCAAGACCGCUUAUAGAACCGCAAGUUCAGCUUGACUGUUAUAAGGAUAUUGAUAUUGUGGAGCCAAAAGUAGAACUACCUGAAUAUGGCAGCGAUGACGAUUGCUCAUCAAAACAAGAAGUUAACACGUUACCUGGUGGUUUCCUUAGUUUGGAUGGUGGUAUGGAAGUGUUACCUACAUAUCCACCAUCUUAUCAAGGAACCAGUAUGGAAGGUGGUAUGCCUGGACCUUCACAUGGGAACAAUGAGCUGAAUCAAGAGCAGCAAGCGCGAAGGGUACGUCGUGGUAGACCGCGAUUAGGUACGAGGGGUGGCAAACAUAUGUCUCCAUCCGUGCACGGUAAUUCACCCUCCAGAAGUGAUUGGUUGCCAUUGGACAUGAGAACGACGCCACCAGCGGCCAUGCCAGCUUUUCGUGGAUUUGAAGAACCCUCGCCUGAUGGCGUUGUUCAUUUAGGUGAGGGCAUUGCCGUUUGCGAGGAACAACUGAGGGCUGUGAAAUGGAGCGAUUAUCGGAAGUUGACCCGUGGCCUCGCUGCUAUAUUAUUCAGCCCAACGGAACUGGCUACAUGUUCUGUCACAGGACAACGUUGGAGUCGCGCAGGAACUGCGACCGAACGUCCGGUUAAACCGGCACUCGACAAAGCCAAAGUGCAAGCCAUCAUAUCUUACGUGACUUCGAGAUUCCCUUCGGUCGACGUCAGCAGUGUCAAGCAAGUUUUGGCUUAUAAAUGCAAGGAAAAUUCAACCGCCCUUAAGAUGAAGUCCAUACGUUAUAUAUGUGAGAGACAGGACACGGACACGUCGCCGCGAGGUGAAGCCGAGGACAAGUGAGAGGGGGCAAGGGGUGCGUGCGGGGUGCUGCCCACCCUACUAAUUCGCCGCGUCCUCCCGCACCCUCGGUCCAUCCUGAACCCGCAACGCCCUUCGAACGACCACCAACCACGCCACAACAACAAUAACAACAACAACAACAACAACAGCAGUAGCAACAAUAACAGUGAAAGUAACAAUAACAGUAACAACAACAACAACAACAACAGCAACAACAACAACAGUAACAACAACAAUCAUCACAAUUACCAUCAAUACCAACGUCGUCGUAAUCAUCAUCAUGAUCAUCGUAACAACACCAAUAAUAAUAACAAUCAACAUCGUUAUAACAAUAAUAAUCAUCGUAAUCAUCGUCGUAAUCAUCAUCGUCAGGAUGACGAUGACGACGAUGAUGAUGAUGAUAAUAAUGAAGAACAACAACAACAACAACAACAACAACAACAUGAACAACAACAACAACAACAACAACAAUAUGAACAACAAGAACAACGACAACGUAGCCUCGAGGAAAAUUUAAUUGGUAGAGAAAUAAUUGGAGAGUCAUCGAGUUCAGAAACAACUUCUUCCCUUGGACGUUAUAUGCGGUUGCAUGCCAUACAUCGUGCCCUUCAAGCGACCCGUCGUACCGCUGCAGCAUCCUAUUUUUGACCGCGACAUCCACCAUCUAAACGCUUCCAAACUCGAUCUCUCAUACUUAAGAGAUAAAUUCUCAUUCGCAAGAGAACGAAGAAUAAGAAUAAGAAUAAGAAUAAGAAUAAGAGUAAGAAUAAGAGGAAUAAGAAUAAGAAGAGGAAUAAGAAGAUGAAUAAGAAUAAGAAGGAAAAAAAAGAAAGAAGAAUAAGAAAAAAAUAACAAGAGGAUUGUUGUUACGAGAUAUAUGAAAGGGUGGUGCGACGUGUGAUUUGUCCUAUUAAUGAUUGUCCUCAACGACGAGUUCGUUUGGAUUUUGACUUUUCUUUUUUUUUUUUCUUUUUUCUUUUCUCUUUCACCUUUUUUCUUUUCUUUCAUCCUUCCUUUCUUCUUUCUUUUUUCUAGGGAUUCUCUUUUCUUUUCUUUUUUUCUUCAAGAUGGGCGACGGAAGUUGGGGGCGAGAUGGGUGGGAUGAGUAGGGGGGGCUAGAGUCGAAGGGAUGGAAGUUGCAUCUCUUUGGAUUCUUAGAAUUAAGUAGAGAUCAUAUUUUUUUUUUUUUGCUGAGAGUUUUUCCUCCUCUGGGAUUUCGUCUUCCUGAUAUUUCUUUUCUUUUUUUUUUCUUUGUUUUUUUUUUUUUGAAAAUUUAUUUUGUGUAAUUGUUGAAUCCUUAGAAGAAUUGUAAACGGCAAGUUGAGAGCGGGAAAACGAGUUUAACGAAGGUAAGAACGUUGAAUGUUAUUCUUUUUUUUUUUUUUUUCCUUUUUUUUUACUUCCUUUUUCUUCUUUUUCUUUUUUUUCUUUUUAAUAUUAAUAAUAAUAAUAAUAAUAAUAAUAUAUAUAUAUAUAUAUAUAUAUAUAUAUAUAUAUUCGAAAGAAAUCGUUUGAAUUCGUAGAAGAAAAAAUGAAUUUAAACUUUAUCUCUUAUAGGAUAUUUUAUGUUAAACGAAUUUGUUUCGAAAAUUUUUUAUCUUGUCUUUAUAGGUUAGGUUAGGUAUGAAAUUGAAAAAGGAGUAUGAAAAAUAGAAAAAAAAAAAAAUUAGAAUAAGAGGGGAAAAAGAAAGAAUGGAAAAUGAAAAAGAAGGAAGACACGAAGGAGGAAGAAAAAUUUUGCUCAGCAUUCACUUUUUGAAAAGAGAGACAGAUAUAUGGGUGAGAGAGUCGAGGAGCAUAAAAAUGAUUUUCCAAAGGGGAGAAAAGAAAAGUAAAAAAAAAAAAAAAUAAGAAGAGAAAGAGAGAGAGAGAGAGAGAGAGAGAGAGAGAGAGAGAGAGAGAGAGAGGAAAAAAAAGAAAUACGCAUGGAAAAUGUUACGAACGUAUUUGACUCGUUAGCUGUUGGUUGUUCGUUAAAAUCGAAUAAACGCGCUUAUUCUCGGCGUUUGGUAUAAAAAUGGCGAUGAUCGAGAAGGAUGUAUAGAAUGAAAAUUGAUCGAUCUGUUCGCUAAGGAAUACAUCAAUAAUUAUUAUCGUUC